AACGCACGCCCGUUCACAUGCGGCGUCGUGACGAAAUAGCGAGUGCGACAGGCUGAGUGGAAGAAGCAGGUCCAGCCGAGUUCCACCGAAAUCAUGGUGAAAUCUGGGAAGCUUCGGUCCGGGACCGCGCAGAAAGUUACGCGUUGGAAGAAGGGCCAUAGCAGCGAUUCCAACCCACAGGCAAACCGAUAUCGACAGGCUGCCAAAAGUCGGUUUUUUAGCCGUCCUACAGCGAAAAGUGACCUGACCGUAGACGCACUCAAACUCCACAAUGAGCUGCAGUCAGGACCCCUGGAGAAGGGCGAGGGUGGCCCGGGAGAUGCCUGCGCCAUGGACGAGCCCGCCUUCUCCGAGAGGACCUCCGGAACCUUCCUGAGCGGCCUGUCCGACUGCUCCAACCUCACCUUCCGGAAGGUGCAGCGCUUCUGGGAGUCCAAUUCCGCCGCACACAAAGAGAUUUGUGCCGUUCUGGCUGCGGUCACAGAGGUGAUCAGAUCCCAGGGCGGAAGCGAGACGGAGACAGAGUACUUUGCGGCUUUGAUGACGACCAUGGAAGCAGUGGAGUCCAGCGAGUCUCUGGCAGCAGUGGCGUACCUCCUGAACCUGGUCCUGAAGCGCGUGCCUGCCCCGGUGCUGAUCAAGAGGUUCUCCGACACGGCGAAGGUCUUCAUGAACGUCAUGUCUUCACAGGCCAGCUCCGACUGCUCCUCUGCUCUGCGCUGGGUGAUCUCGUGUUUGGCCACCUUGCUGCGGAAGCAGGAGUUGUCCGUGUGGAGCUACCCCUCCACCCUGCAGCUGUACCAUGGGCUGCUGAGCUUCACUGUGCACUCUAAACCCAAGGUGCGGAAGGCAGCCCAGCAGGGCGUCGGCUCCGUCCUGAAAGGCAGUGACUUCCUGUUCGGUGGCUCCGCCCCCUUGCAUCACCCUGCUGCCGUGACAACGGCCAAGUUCUGUAUCAAAGAGAUCGAGGCGGCCGGAGGCAGUAAAGAGGACACCACCACGCUGCACGUUCUGGGGCUGCUGAAGGACCUGCUGUCGGGGUUCCCCGUCGCCGCGGUGAAGUCGUGCAGCGAGACCCUGCUGCGCGUGAUGACCCUGAGCCACGUGCUGGUGACUGCAAGCGCCAUGCAGGCCUUCCACCGGCUCUUCAGCUCCAAACCCAACAGCAGCACCGUGAGCCCUGAACUCAACGCCCAGAUCAUCACUGCUCUGUACGAUUACCUGCCCAGUGAGAACGACCUGCAGCCCCUGCUGGCCUGGCUGGCUGUCAUGGAGAAGGCGCACGUUCACCUGUCCAGUCUGCAGAGCUCUCUGAGUUUGGGACACCUGCCUCGCCUCUUCUCCACCACCAUGUCCUGCCUGCUGUCCCCCCACUCACAGGUCGUCUCCACGGCAACGCAGACGCUGAAGACCCUUCUGACCGAGUGUGUCGCUCCACACAUGGCAGAGAUCGGCCUAGUCACGCCCACUGCCUCCACUGGCCACGCCCCCUACAUCUGUAAGAUGUUCCGGACGGUGGAGGAGGGACUUUCGUAUCGUUUCCACGCCUCCUGGCCGUUCGUGUUCCAGGUGUUGGGCUCCUUCUAUCGGGUGGCAGGACAACAGGCUCACCCAAUCAUGACCAAGAGCCUGCAGUCCCUCAGCGAUCUCCGUGCCACCCCACAGUUCCCCUUCGGGGGGGAGCUGGACCUGGCGUUCGGGGGGGCCGUGGAGGCCAUGGGCCCGGAGGUGGUCCUGACCGCCGUGCCCCUGCAGAUCACCGGUGCACAAGACGACAUGGAGUUCCCCCGCAGCUGGCUGAUCCCCGUGAUCCGAGAUCACGUGAAGAACACUCAGCUGGCCUACUUCACUUCCUACUUCCUGCCCCUGGCCGCCACGCUCCGGCAGAGAGCUGAGGAGCUGGAGAAAGCAGGACAGAAGCUGGAGGCCAAGGUUUACCAGACCCUGCAGCUGCAGAUCUGGACCAUGCUUCCCGGGUUCUGUCUGAAGCCCGUGGACCUCUGCGUGGCGUUUAAGGGCAUCGCGCGGGCGCUGGGCUCGGUCGUCAGCGAACGACCCGACCUCCGGCUGACCGUCUGCCAGGCGCUGCGCACCCUCAUCACCAAGAGCUGCGAGUCAGAGGAGGACAAGGCGGAGGUCCGUCGCUUUGCGAAGAACUUCCUCCCCAUCCUGUUCAACGUGUACAGCACUCAGCCUGCCCCGGGAGAGAGCGCCCCCUCCAGGAUGGCUGUGCUAGAGACCAUCAAGGUCUACCUGACCAUAACCGACCAACAGAUGGUGUGCACGUUCCUGCAGAAGGCCACGGAGAAGCUCAGCGGGCCGGACUGCACAGAGUUCACACGGCUGUCGGUGAUGGACCUGGUCGUUGCCAUGGCGCCGUUUGUGGAUGAGGCGACGAUGAGUCAGACCUACGAGCUCAUGAGGCCUUACCUGGAGAGUAAGGAGUCGGGGGUGCAGAAGAAGGCGUACCGGGUCCUGGAGGAGAUGUGCGGGGGGGAGAGGGAGGCCUGCCGCAGUUUCGUCCUCUCCAACCUGGAGCAGCUGAAGCAGGUGCUGCUGGGGUCGCUGAAGAGCGCAGCAUCCCCCGCCAAGAGGCCCAGAUUGAAGUGUCUGAUCCAUAUCGUGAGGCAGCUGACCGCGGAGCACACAGACUUCAUCACCGCCCUGCUGCCCGAGGUGAUUAUUUGCACUAAGGAGAUGUCGGUGGGAGCCCGUAAGAACGCGUACACGCUCCUGGUGGACAUGGCGCGCGCGUACAUCCGCUUCUUCAGCACCCCCAAAGAGGGUCUGGAUCAGUACCUGCAGAUGGUGUACAUUGGUCUGAGCGGCUCGGUCACCAUGAUCACCUGCACUGUGAUGGCCCUCACCCGACUGCUCUUUGAGUUCAAAGAUCUGAUGGACAGGCUGGUCGUGGAGCAGUUGCUUCAUAACAUGGUCAUGCUCCUGAUGUCCCGCACCCGGGAGAUCGUCAAGGCUGCGCUGAGCUUCGUCAAGGUCAUCCUGUUCGUGAUGGACGUGAAGGACCUGGCCAAUCACGUGCCAGCGAUUAUGGAGGGCAUCGGGAACAUCAAAGAUGAUGUGAGGAGGCACUUCAGGGCGAAGCUGAAGAACAUCUUCACCAAAUUCAUCCGCAAGUUUGGGUUCGAGCUGGUGAAGAGCAUGCUCCCGGAGGAGCACCACAAGGUUCUUGCCAACAUCCGCAAGGCUGAGGCCCGAAGCAAGAGGCACAAGCUCCUGCAGAAGGCCGAGGACGAGGGCUCGGAGAGCGAGGAGGACACCCCCAAAGCCAAGGGAGCGAGCAUCGAGGAGAUCCUGGCCGAGUCGGACUCGGAGGACUCGGAGGACGAGAAGCCCAAGAAGGGCCAGAAGGCCUCGGCUCGGCAGAAGGGCAAGGCCUGGCUCAAAGAGGGGGGGGGAGACGAGCCCCUCAACUUCCUGGACCCCAAAGUCUCUCAGAGAGUCCUCGCCACGAACCCGGACCUGAAGAAGAGCAGGAAGGUGCAGCACGGCUUCAAGGUGACGUCCGACGGGCGCUUGAUCAUCCGAGAGGACGGAGACGAGGACGACAAGGCUAAAGCUGACAGUGGAGAAAUGAAAGACAUACUGGAGGAAGCUGGAGUCAAAAGCAAGAAGACCCAGAAACGGAGGUUCCAAGACGGCAACUUUGAUGACGACAUGGAUAUCGAACCACAGAUGAAGUAUAAAGCUGGCGGUUCUGGAAUCCACAGGCCUCUUUCUCAGAAAAAGGGUUUUGGAGCCGAGUUUAAGGCCAAAAAGGGCAAAGGGGACAUCAAGCAGAAGGGGAAGUGUGACCCGUAUGCCUACAUCCCGCUGAAGAAGUCCCAGCUCAACCGCAGGAAGAAGGCCAAGCUCCAGGGCCAGUUUAAGGGCAUGGUGAGGGGGGCGCAGAAGGGGGCUCGGCUGGGCAAGAGGAUGCAGAAGAACAAGAGGAAAGCGUAACCCCCCCUCCCCGGCACACUCUUCCAGAGUGGAGAAGUGCCCCUGAGUGUGUGUUUGUGUGUGUGUGAGGAUUAGCGCUGACAGGAAGACGCUCGGUUAUGGUGUGUUCUGGGACAUGGCCCCCCUCCAGAGUCAGGACACUCUCACACACACCCCUCCUCCCCAACCCCCCACCAGAAGGAGGGGUGUACUGUAACCCGAAAGGAGGAAGCCUGACUCACACCUGUGUGUGGGGCUGGUCAACCAAGCUGAUGAAUUUACUCACGGAAACUAGUCUGAGGAUAUUGCCAAUGGUUUUGUAAAGCUGUUUAACAUGGAUUGUUCUAUUUAUGUAUUGUGCAAAGGAAAGAUCCAGUUCAGAAAUAAAAGUUGCUGACAGAGA